CGGAUGAUAACGUGCCUAAGGCGCUUAAAAGCUGAAUUGGGACAUAUCACCUCGCGGGUUUAUAGCUAUAUAUCCACAAUUGUUUUUGCAUUUCAGAAACACAGCGGUUACAGGGUUUUGUUCUAUCAGCCAUGGACCAUAUACAUAAUUCCAAACAAAACUUGGUAAAUGGUUAUGGCGACGAGGCAGUGAGCCCCCUUGGCCAGACUUUUAGUAACUCGUUUUUUUCCGUAUGCAUCCAAGCCAUAUUUGAGAUGGAGCAACCCGUAGACGUGUUUGCAGCCAAGAAAGCCAUUAAUGACAUUCUUCUGCCAUGCAACCCCCGUUUUUCCUCCAUAAUGAGCGAGGACAGGCAUGGAGUGCUGCGUUGGGUGAAAACUGAAGUGGACGUGGAUGAACAUGUAAUUGUUCCACACUUUCCUCCAGGCCACACUGAAUAUGAUGAGCUUGUGAAUGAGUAUAUUUGUAACAUACACCUUACCCCUCUUCCUAAGGAUCGGCCCUUGUGGCAGUUCCAUUUUCUCAAUUACAAUACAAGCAAGGGGAGAGCCACAUGCAUUAUAAACAUGCACCAUUCUUUAGGUGAUGGUACUUCUCUCAUGUCCUUAGUCUUUUGCUGUGUCACCAGAGCAGACCAUCCCAAUCUUCCCCUCACCUUUCCUUCCUCCAAAUCUCUGCCUCACAAACCUAGUCCACCAUAUUAUUCAUGGGUUUCGGCCAAGUUUAUGUAUUACAUGUUGCGGAGGCUAUUUGUGCUUGUGCUUGUUUUGUGGUACACUUUUUCUGAUCUCAUUGGCAGCUUACUGAGAAUGACGUGGAUGGACGAUAGCAAGCUACCCAUUCGAGGGCCCCCUGGGGUUGAGAUGCUGCCUAAAGUUAUGGCCCAUGUCAUCUUCCCCAUGGACGACGUCAAAAAUAUUAAGAAUUCCAUCGGCGGGACGGUAAAUGAUGUGGUCAUGGGAGUAAUAUUCUACGGUUUUCAACGAUACCUGCAAAUUACUCAUCCUCAUGGAGGAAACAGUAAGGAAAUGACAAAGUCAAGAGUAACAGGGCUUGUUGCAAUCAAUACAAGAAUACAGUCGGGAUUGAAGGAUAUAAAAGAAAUGAUGAAACCUGAAAGUGGAGCACCGUGGGGAAACCACUUCGGUGUGUUACAUAUACCCAUGCUCACCGCUAAUGCGGAGAGUCCAUUAGAUUUCGUGCGAAGAGCCAAAAAAAUGAUAGAUCGGAAGAAAAUGUCACGUGAAGUGUUCAUUACAGGUCGACUACUCGGUUACCUGGGGCGACAGGGGUCUGCUAAAUGCUUUUAUAAGACUAUGACAAAUGCAACAUUAACAAUAUCCAAUCUCAUCGGCCCGAUGGAGAAGAUAGCCAUGAAUCAAAUUCCAGUUAAGAACAUGUUUUUCUCGAUGUCUGGUUUGCCUCAGACGCUUGUUUUGACGGUGGUGAGCUACAUGGGAAAAUUAAGGCUGGACGUAAUUGGUGUCAAAGGUUACGUAGAUUGUAAUAGUUUGGCCAAGUGUUUUGGCGAGUGCUUUGAAGAGAUCAAGGAGGCCUCCAAUGCAUUAUAGGCUAUCUAUGGCCUCCUCUCGGCAUUAAAAAUCUUCUAUUAUUCUAUGUAUUAUUUUAUUUUAUUAUGUUAUUGAAUAAAAGGUAGC